AUGAAAAACAUGGCAAGCUCAAGAGAAGAAAGCGGUGCCCGCUCUCCUGAUUCAACAGUCUCUUCUCUUUUAACCAGCUACAGCACUGACAGCAAGAAUUCCUCCCCAGACAGCUUGAUUCACUACAAGGACAAACUUUACAGCUCUGCCUCCGAGGCUUUGGACGCUUAUAUCAAAGAUUUCGAUUUAAGUCUCACCUCUUCGGAAGUAAGCACCGGCAAAAUCCGCAUAUUUCGAAGCGCACCCAAGCGACGGAAACUUUCCAAACGUGCCCCAAAACCCCACGUUUCAGCACUGGAUGAUUUUAAUCUGCACGUAGGACCGGGUUCUCGCGCUUCACCCUCUAGCAGACAGAGCGAGUGUGACGUGGACUUGAUUAGUCUCGCGACGGACGAUCUGUUGGCGUUCCCAGCGGACGGAUCGCUGCCUUCCGUCUGGCAUUCUCCUUUGAAAGCGAGGCAUCAACGUUGUGAGGGGAAAGGACAAUCCUUUAAAACACUUCCGUGCCCUGGCCAAACCUCACCGCUCCGCAGCGACAGCGCUUUCGCUCUCCGGGAGAGCGGCAAAGACCGGAAUCCGCGCAAAGAUUUCCGCAAAAACGAACGCGACGUGUGUGGAUACGACUCCGUCUCGUCUAAAGGAAGUUUGAGACCCUCAUCUUUUGAGGAAAACUCUAAUACUUUUCCCGUUCAAAACUACCCGAGGUGGCUUACCAGUCAGAAGUCUGACCUAAGCGUGUCGGGGAUAAGCAGCAUUCCCAAUUUUCCCUACCCAGCCUGGCUUAAGAGUUACAACCUUUUGUCUGGUUCAGCCAAGGAAACCGAUGGUCGAAAUUUUGCCACGCGAGGCGCGGCUCCUUCUUCUCGAGCUUUUGAGAUUCUGGAAGAAAGAUGCUCUGCAGAAGACCAGCUUGAGCUGCUCCCCGCGAAGGCUGACGGAAGUCCCGAGAGUUCAAGCGAAGAUUUGUCAAAUAAUCUGGAAAACGCCGGCAGUCCUUCUACUACGGAUAUACUAGGGGCAGAAAGACCAUGGGAAAACGCUCCAGGUACUUGCAGACCGCUGGUGCCCGUGUGCCGUGAGGACGCAGAGAACGCUCUGCCGGUCGCCAAGGCAGAUAUUGUACAUAAGUUCCUGGAGGACUGUUUAAAUGACAAAAAUAAGGAGGGCGCUUUGUCUGGAGGUCAGCGUCACCGGCCCCUCGAAGCUUUGAAGCGAACGUUGUUUGAACUUCAAGCAAUCCAGGGGAGCUUAAGCCAGGCUGAAAGCGCUGAGCUAAAGGGAGAGGUAGAAAAACUUUCUGAAAAAGCGGAGGCUGAAUUGCAACUGUGCGACAGUGAGACAACCCCUCUUACUAACUCUAUUCGGAAGGCUUUACAGCAUUUGUCACGGCUUAAAAUUAGUCGCGAAGAUCCCGGUGGGCACCAAGAGCAGAGCGAUGAUGGCCAAGACAAGCAAGAACGAGAGAACAACCCGUGA